GGGUCAGCUCAAUUAUGGCCAGCUCUGUGAUUCCCUGGGGUUCCCAGUCCAACAUCCAUGAGCCGGCGAUAGUGUGAUUACAGUCGAGAAGAGUCUAAUCGAAUCGACUUCCUUAAACAAAUCAGUGUUGGUGUACAAUCCGAAUCGUGCAGUUGAUGUUAGUUUAGUGCGCAAAACACGCCUGGAGAUGCGUUCCAUUCUUGGCAGCUUGUUAAUAGUGUUUAUCAUCUGUUUCGAGACUGAAUCACAAGGUUCCGGCUAUGGGUACGAGAUGAUCACGGCCCGACUCGACUCGCUGCAGGGUCUGGAGUCGGAUCUGCUCACCUACACCAACGACACGGUACAGCAGCUGUCCAAGAUGGUACAGCUGCUCACGCGAAUGCAGUUGAACGGGUCGGGCAAUCCAGCAGCAGUACCGGGCCUGGCAGUGCCCGUGGGAGCGUCCUGCCGUGAUGUUCCCUCCCGCGUGUCCGGCAUCUAUCGUAUCGAUCCGGACCAUCCGUUCAACGAGCCGAUGACGGUACUGUGCGAUCAGCAGUACGAAGGUGGCGGAUGGACCGUCAUUCAACGACGGUUCGAUGGGUCGGUAAACUUCUUCCGCGACUGGCAGGACUACAAGCGUGGGUUCGGCACACUGCACGGUGAGUUUUGGCUAGGAUUGGAGCAGAUCUACCGGCUUACGAAUGUGGCCCCGCACGAGCUGGCUGUGGUGAUGGAGGAUUUUGACGGUGUAAGCGUGGCGGCACGAUAUCAAAAGUUCCGCAUCGGAGCGGAAACGUUAAACUACGGUGUGAUGGAGCUGGGCAGCUGUAAUCCUUGCGGUGCGGGGGAUUCGAUGCGGAUCCAUCUCAACGAAAGCUUCUCGACGUACGAUCGCGAUCGAAGCAAGGCGGCGUUUAACUGUGCUGCGGUGUUUAAGGGCGGCUGGUGGUUCUAUCGCUGCCAUCGAUGCAAUCUGAACGGAGAGUAUCUGAAGGGAAAGUUGACCGAGGCCCAGGACUCCCAGGGUUUGAUGUGGAUGGAUUUCCGUGGGGACAAAUAUUCACUCAAAUCAACAAAGAUGAUGAUACGACCGAUAAAGCGAUAGUGUGGAGAUUGAAUCGGUGUUGGCUGCUACUACUUUGACCCUAAGAGGACUCAGUUGCCUGUUUGUAGUGAAGAGUGAUGAUGUUGAGGAAAUGUGUAAUAUACACGUAGGAAGCUUAUAUUGAAUGGUUUUGUUUUGUUCUAACGUAUGCAACGUGUUUGUUUAUUUAACGUUUUGUUUUAAAUGCUUCCAUGAAACAUAACUAGAGAUUAUUAAAAGUGGUAUUUCUUCCAGUCAUUAGCAAACCGAUUUACGGUUGAAGCGGCUUUCGCGGCCUGAAGCUCCACGACUAAUAUCGCUUCAUAUGUAUCAGCUUAAAAUUAUUAUCUCUAAAUCGCUCUGCU